UUAAUGUGCGACUGCAAAGAACCACUAGAGAUGCACGUAUGAGAUAGGAUGUGCAGUGGAGAGUUCCUCAGAGCAUCGAUGUUUCCUCCAUCAGUUGCAUCAUUGCCCUGGUACUGAAGGAGCCGCUUCCUGCCGUCUGUCAUCGCGAUGAUGAGGAUGAUGCCGUUCAGUAGACGCAGGACGCACGAGCACUCUUGAGCCAGAUCACUUUAAUCGAUCGUGACAUUGUGGGAUACAACAGUUGUACGUUGGCCAAGAUAACGAAGGAUUGAAAUCUCGUCUUUCUCGCGAAACCUCUCCCGUUAUUCUGGGGCAGAUCCGUCUUUAAGUCCCCCUUUGAGAUGCGUAUUGAUCUUUUUUAAAGAUGUCGUCAUCCUAUAUGUUCAUGGGUCGGUUCUUUGAAGGGCAGAGAUGUGGAAGUGAAGGAGCACGUUCAUUCUCUUCAUUAUAACGCCUCAUCUGUUGGAUACCAAUAUAAGCCACGCUAAUGGAAAAUACGGGGUCACAGGUGGUCUCGCUGGAGCAGCAGGUGGAGAGUGUGGAGAGGAGCAUUGUGUUCCUUAGACAGGAGCAGCUGUCUCUGCUGCAUGGACUACAUCUGGAGAUCCUGUCCCUCCAGAAACGCUGUACAGAACUUACACAGGAACUCAACAUGAAGCCCCCAGGCAGGAGUGAAGCAGAGGUGACGGAGGAAGAGGAGCAGCUGGAAGCCCGUUGUGAGGAGGUGGAGGAGCAUCUGCAGGAGCAGCAGCAGAUCCAGAGUGAUCUGCGAUGGGAGCUGAGUCAGAAGUCCGUCCUAGUGGGUGCUCUCCGCGCCAGUCUGAAGGAAAAGGAGCGCCAUUUCCUGGAGGAAUUAAAACACCGCAGCCACAGGACCACUGUGCUCAACACCGAGCUGCAGAAGCAGACAGAGGCGGCUGCGUACCUGUCCUUCCAGCUGCAUUCAGCCAAGCAGAAACUCCAUCAGCAGAGGCAGCAGCAGCAGCACAGGAGGCCUGCCCAGUCUGGUGUGGACAAGCCUCCCAUCCACCCUUCGCCUCAGGCCAGUGCCAGCAGCCUGACCACCAUCAAACCCAAACGACGGAGCUCGAGCCGGCCUUCCUCGCACCUCCACACUGAACGCGCCAGGGAGUGUGUGCCGCGCGAGAGGGUGACGGGCCCCGAGGAGCCUAUGGCCAUGCCUGACCCCGCCCUCUUCUUCUACCCCUACAGACACAGAUCCCGGCUCCGCCCACCACACAAACAUGCCCUGCAGGAGGCGGAGGGGGAGGAGUCAGAGGAGCUCGAUCAGGGAGCUUCUGUAAGCAGACUGGCAACAACAGUAGCUAAAGCCACUGCGACCACUGCGUCCACCACAGAGAACAACGCUGAAUGAGCGUUUCUUUUACAGUUCAACCUGCUUGUUUUUAUGAUAUUUCAACCUUAAUUGCACCUUGAGCCCCUUGGGAGAACCAGUGGCAGAAAUGUUUAUAUUUGCAAUACAGUUUGCUUUUUUUACAGUUUGCACAUGCAGUGAUUAUUAGACCGAGGAGAGAUUUUUGCUUACGUUCUUGUUGAACCAAAAUCGACUCGUGUUUAUGUUGCUGUAAAGCAUUUUUGUAAUCAAAAAUGACCCUGAGGGCCUCAAUACAUGAACAUGAAGUGCUUCAUAAGGCCUGUUUUAUGCGUCCUGUAUCUGUGGUGUGGAGCUUGUUCUCUGGCUAUAUUAACAGGUUACAGCAUUCACACUGACAUUUGUACUGAAUGAAGGUAUAAAUGCAAUUUAGUUUAGAUCCGGAUUCGAAACAUGUUCAUGCCAGAUCACACAGCACAAAACACAUUUAAAAUGCAGGAUAAAUAUAUUUAUUGACACAAUAUUUAGCAGUAUAGGCAUUUAUAAAACAGCAUAAUAAUGUUUUUUUUUCUUUUUUUGUAUAAAAGAUAUCUGGCAUUGUUUAUGUUCAGUAAAUCUGAAUCAGAACAGCUACACUUCAAAGGUGUUUUGGCUUCAUGCUAAUUACCAUUUGGAUGUAAAUGCAGUCACAUCUUCAUUUAAAGUAAUAAUACUCAGUUGCAGACUACCAAUAACCAUUUCAAAUGUUUUAGGCUUUAUUAAAAGAAAAAUGCAAUGUAGUAACUCAGAAAUCACUUUUCGAGCUGCCGAAGUGCUGUCAGUGUGAAAUCACGACACUGCUGUUUACUUGCUGCAGACUCAAGAUGUGCAUAACAGGCUGAAGUCAGUGUCCUUGUGAGCUUGUUACUGCUUGAACUUGAGUCUUUGUUCAGCUGUUGUUGUUUUUUUUUAAAUCUGUGUGCCCUUUUUGUGAAAUAGCUCAUCAGAUAUUUCUGAAUGAUCAGGUUGUCUGUCUGGUGUCACCACAAGUGCACUCUUUCAGCCCUCCAGAUGCGAUGGAGAUUUUAUCACCUAAAUACUCGUUUAAUCAGAUAGAGAAAUCCUAUGUGAAUGAGAUCUAUACAGCCUGAAUCAGCUUUAUCUGCUGUAUAGUGUGUUUAUGUGUGGGCUUGUUGAUUAGAAGAGAGUGGGCUCAAGGGUCAACGCGCCAUUGUUCUGCCAUCAAUUAAAUGAGCCAGUGAUGCCCAAAGGACUGAUUAGUUUUAAGCUGCUUAUGCUGUAAUGUUUUAUUCUGAUGUUGCAGAUAACAUGUUUGCAUAUGUGCCAUUAGAAUCAGAAUGCUGUUUGUUUUAUAAUUCUGUGUGGCCAGGUAUGUGUGCAUAUACCAGGAGCUAUGGUGAUUUGAUGACUAAUAGCAAUGUGAUACAUAUCGCAAACAUAUUAAGUGUUUGUAUCGCAAAAGCUUGUAAAUUCAUAAUAUGCAAGAUUAGAAGUGGUGUGGCACAAAUCAAGGCUUAACUCCUGGUCUUUGAUGUGUAACUAAGAGAGGGUUAGUCCAUGGAAAUGGAUUGGAUGGGAGUGAAAGGCAACAUUACCUUUCUUGACAACUAACAGACAAGUUUAAAGGAUAGUUCUCUCAAAAAUGAAAAUGUGCUGAUAUUGUUCUCAAACUCAGG